AUGACAGACGCAACGAAUCACCCCUUAUCUGGCCUCUGGCAACCUACUCAGCUCCAGAAACUGCAUUAUGGUGCUGACUCCGUGAAACAACAUCUCCUCUCCUGUCUUCCAAAAGAGUCAAGCAAAGCCUUUGUCAUUACUGGAAACUCUCUGGCCAGCAAGACGCCUCUGGUGAAGCAAGUUGAAGCGCUCCUGGGCGAUAAACAUGCAGGUACCUUCUCAAAGAUAGGCGAACACGCGCCUGUCGCCCAACUAGACGAAGCAACCGACCUUGUGAAGAAGGAUCAAAGCAUCGAUACCGUAAUCUCCAUUGGUGGCGGAAGCCCAAUCGACAGCUCAAAAGCCAUCAGCUACCGGCUGAACGAAAAGACGGGAAAAUACCUUUACCACAUCGCCAUCCCGACAACCCUAAGUGCAAGUGAAUGCACCCUGAUGGCCGGCUACACACAAUCUGACGGCGUGAAAACUGGUGUUCGAGCCAAAGAACUCGUCCCUCACGUCGUCAUCUACGAUGCCAAAUUCGCCCUACAUACCCCUGAACGCCUUUGGAUGUCAACUGGUCUCCGCGCCAUGGACCACGCCAUCGAGCUACUGUAUCAUCCCACCGCCACUGAGAUGCCCGCUAGAUGGUUGACUCUACAGUCUGCAGCUACACUCUUCGAAGCCCUACCAAAAUACAAACAAAACCCCAAAGACGAGGAUGUUAUUACAAGGUUGCAGCUUGCCGCUUUUGCUUCCCUGGGAUUUUUGGGCUACAACAUCAAAGGCGGUCUCGGCCUCUCUCAUGCCCUAGGCUACGCGCUGGGUUCUCCCUAUGGUAUUCCUCAUGGCAUCACAUCAUGCCUCACUCUGGGACACGUAGUCAAGCUCAAGGCUCAAGACCCCGCUGCAGCAGAGCAGGUAGCUCGCCUGCUUCCAUUCAUCGGAGAGUCGGCGUCUGGCGAUGCCAAGGCUGAUGCUGAAAAGGUUGGAGACGAAAUCUUGAGGCUGGUCAAGGAUCUAGGGUUGGAUAGUGACUUGAGGAAUUACAAAGUAGGCAAAGAUCAGAUUCCUGUCAUCACAGAGCGGGCAACGGGUGGGCAGAAGGAAGGAAAGGCCUAUGAUGCUGUUGAGGGGUUGGUAAAGGGAUUGUUUGUUUGA